UAGAUCAUGAUUGCAAUGAUGGUAGAGUUGCUUUUCAAGAUGGAUUCUCAGCUUGUGCUGAUGCCAUUUUCUAUUGUAAACUUCAAAUCAUUUUUUUCUUUGAUAGUGAUUGUGGACAAGAUCAAGUUCAAAUAUGAUCAUCCAUUUCUUGAAACAAUGGAGUUGCAACUGUUUGGAUUGCUGCCAAACAAAGAGGAAAUGAUGGCUUCCACAAAUGAGUUUUCCAAGCAAAUGCAGGACCUUGGCUUGCCAAAACGCUCAGCCCAUUUCCUUGCACCAUAUCAGGCUUUGUCAUGUGUCAAGUUUUAG